AUGAAGACUCUGACACUGCUGGUGUGCAUCUGUGCACUGAGUGCUUGCUUCUCACUCAGUGAAGGUCGAAAAAAGCCAUGGAAGAUAUAUCACAAAAAGAAUAACGUCCAACAACUUACAUUAGACCGCCAAUUAGUACUGUAUUCAAAAUCCAUCCAACCUAACUGGGAUAUAUUAAUUAAAAAGUAUUUAAUUUCUGGUCCAUACAAAUACCCAAAGCCUUCACGUCCAAAUAGGAGAAAGCCAAAGCCAAAACGUCCCCCGCCAUCUAAGUGUCCAGUGAAAAGUAGCAGUGCGGAGACUACCACCUCAGCGGCUACCACCUCAGCGGCUACCACUCAAAUCCCAUCUUUCAAUCCCACAUCUCCAGGUGUGACUCCACUUAUUGCUACAACCACAUCUGCAGGACAAGUUAACAUGAGCUCCUCUGCAGCUACCCCAUCACCACAACCUUCCCCAGCUUUGUCAAACACCACAGCUGCCCCCCCUACGUCUUCCCUACCUACACCAGCACCAGAACCUUCCUCAACUCCACUGGGCACCACAGCUGCCCAAAAUACCACACCUAAUCCUUCCCCAACCAGUUCUGCACCUGAAACUUCCCAAACUACAGCUGCACCCAUAAUCGAAACUACCACUCCGGCCACUACUCAAAAUACUACUGUUGAACAAACAACCUCACCUUCCCGCCAAAAUCCAAAUUCUCAAUUCUGGCAAUAUAUUUAUGAGAUACUAAAGUACAUUUCUGGUGUUGCACCAAAUGAAUAG